GCUUGCAAAGACAGGUCACAUGACCGCUGCCUUGUGCUGCUUUGCUGGGCAUCCCCGGCCUCCUGUCUCGGCGGGCCGGUUUGGCUAUGGCGAAUGUGGCGAAGAUGGUGUCCUGGUCGGGUCGGGAGGGAGAGCCGGACGGCCAAGGGGAGACCACGCCGCUGCUUAACGGCACGGGCGGAGCCGCCGCUGCCGUGCCCCGUCAGCUCACGCCUUCCUCGUCUUCCUUGCGAUUGGGACGCAUGAGCAACGUGGAUCUGGACGAUGACCAGGAACCGGAAAUGGAUGUGCCUCGGGCGCUCCCCAACGAGAUUCCUCACAGUGAGAAGCUCCUCUCUCUGAAGUACGAGAGUUUGGACUAUGACAACUGUGAGAACCAGCUGUUCUUGGAAGAAGAGAAGAGAAACAACCAUACGGCAUUCCGGACAGUAGAGAUUCAGCGCUGGGUCAUCUGUGCCAUGAUUGGGAUCCUCACCGGCCUUGUCGCUUGCUUCAUUGACAUUGUGGUGGAGUUCUUUGCUGGGCUGAAGUACAAAGUGGUGAAGGGCAAUAUUGACAAAUUCACAGAGACAGGUGGUUUAUCCUUCUCUCUGCUGCUCUGGGCCACCCUGAAUGCGAGUAUUGUGAUGGUUGGGUCCAUCAUCGUUGCUUUUGUUGAGGUAAGACGUCUGUCUGGGUCUCACUCCCACACCACCAUUUUGUAACGUAUGGGGAUCGGGCCUGGCUUUGCG